AUGACAGCCGUGGAGGCGGUUACGAGGUUUCAGGAGGAGAUGAUAUCACCGAAUGAUAUCAAAGCCUGCCAUGAGAAAGCGGUGGAGCUGUGUGUGUCCACACUCAAGAACAAGGAGAGGCCCAUCUCUGCCGUCAAGCUGUUCUGGUUCGGUGCUGCUGGCGACACGUUUCCAUUUGCAAUAGAUUCAGAGCUAAAGAUGAAUAAUCGGAUACCGUUUUCCAAGGUGAAAGAGAGGUUUCCUUACGCCCUCUUCACUCGUCUUCCCUGCCUCAGUAGGGGUGAAGCUUUCCACAGAGGUGAUCUGAGAGUGGGAUACUGUGAGAUUAGGGGCUGUAAUGAUCCCAACCAGAACAUUGUGAAGACUGCAGACUAUCUUUCAGUCAACAGAUGGAUUGGGAUUAUCAACACUUCUGAUGGUGCAAAAAUCUACCUAAUGCCCACUUGCUCUGUCAGCCAUGACCUUGGUGUAACUCAGGCCAACUAUCCUCAAAUGCUGCAUGCAGUGUUUGUCAAGAAAAACCGAGAAUACAGAGGUCAUGGUCACAGACUUCCACCUCCCUUGUCUGCGGAGAGAUUGAGAAAAGAACCGUCUCCAGGAACCAGUAGCAAACACCAAGGAGAAGUGGGCGGGGCAGUGGGUGGAGCCACAAAGAGGAGAGUGUCCUUUGCACCCAUCCCCACCUCGAAGUCUCCCGACGUUGGAGCCCAGAGGGUUAAAAUCUCGCCCCAGCCGCAGUCAGACGAGGAGACAGACUCUGGGGAAGGUGUGUCACAUCAAGGGAUGCUCUUGGUGGAGAUAAAGAAAGACCCAGACAGGACAGAUGAUGGGGGAAUGCAACCAAAAAGUGACACCUCUUCCAAUGAAUCUGGUUGUUCAGCUUUUUCUGUGGGUACCCACUCACCUGGACCUUCUGAACUGGCAAAGGAGAGAGAUACUCGUUCGCCUCCAGUUUCUGAGACCAGUGAUGCCGGCAGCAUGGCGAGCAGUCUGUCUAGCUCACCCUUGCAGCUGCAGGAGCACCAGCAUGUUCCAGGGAGGGGACGAGGGAGGAGGGGGAGGGGAAGAGGGAGGGGAAAGAGAGGUGGGCGUGGCAGGGGUGGCGCUGCUCCUGUUUCCAUGGGUACAGGAGAGGUGGCGAGCGGGGAUGAGGCAGUGGGUCGAGGCAGAGGCAGUAGGGGAAGGAAGAGGAGAGGCCGUGGAAUGAGAGGUACGAGAGGGAGAGGGAGAGGGAGAGGUGGAGCUGGCGUCACUGAGGGAGAACCAGGGGAAGCGUCUCUUGUUCCUGCCCCUAAGAGAACCAGAUUGUCAGUAGACAUAGUAACAGCUGAAGAGAAAUCUGCCAGAGCCAACAACUCUGUCCUGUACGAGCUUCUGGAGAGUCAAGCAGCUUCUAUAACCCAUUUACAACAGGUCCAGAUCCCAAUGAGUUCUAUAGUGCCGCGGGUGUCUGUUCUUAGGCAACUGUCAGCCCAACAACGACCGACAAGCCAACUUCCCACCAUUCCCGACAAAGACGAAGAAGAAAGAGGAGAAAGAACCGCCGGGAAAGACGGAAUAACUGUGGAGACUGCCCAUCUGACCUCCACGUCAGUUACUAUGGAGACGGUCACUACUGACGAUGGUGGUCGUGCUGAAAGUGAAAGUAAGCCGCAGCCGCUUCUAGAAGAGGCGGAAAUGAAGGAGCCAGAUCUUCAGGUGCAAGAGGAGGUGGUCUCUGCUCUGCAGAGCGACCAGGAGUCCUCAGACCUGAUGGAUGUUGAUUCUGACCCCUAUUUCCAGCCCCCAAGACCUCCGAGACGAGUUAGUCUUUUGGAGUACAAGGAGAGGAUGAAGGGAAAGAGAAAGCAGUCGACUGAAGAGCCCCAACAUGAAGAAACGGAGGUAGAGCAUCAGAAAGUGAAGCAAAAAGACUUGCCACAGUUAACCCAAGGGGGUGUUGGUACCGGUGAGAAGGUGCCUGGCAUGGGAAAGGAAGAUACACAGCAAGAAAAGACGAGAGAUAAUCAGUCACGGAGUGAGGCUGGAGCCAAGGAUUCCAGUGUUGCUUUGAUGAUGACUAGUCAUGUCUUGCAGUUGCAGUCUGCCAUACACUUCCAACAGCAAGAACAUAAAGGAGCAGAAAAGACAGAUGCGUUGAAGCACCUUCUUGAGAAACCAGCAACUUCUACUGACGGUACCAAAAUGGUUGAACCUUCUUCUAGAAUAGUUGUCAAACCAUCUCGGGAAGUGGCCAAAACUACUAGCAGAGUGGCAACUUCUCCUAGAAAAGUAGUUGUUGAAUGUCAUAGCCAAGUGGUUGAAUCUCCUAGCAAAGUGGCUGCAUCUCCUAGCAAAGUGACUGCAUCUCCUAGCAAAGUGACUGCAUCUCCUAGCCAAGUGACUGCAUCUCCUAGCAAAGUGACUGCAUCUCCUAGCAAAGUGACUGCAUCUCCUAGCAAAGUGACUGCAUCUCCUAGCAAAGUGACUGCAUCUCCUAGCAAAGUGGCUGCAUCUCCUAGC